ACGGCACAAAGGCAGGGUUGUGGUUUCAGUACGAAGCGUUGUUUCAACGAAUCAUUCGCUUAGGAGAUUUGUUUCACAAAAAGACUUUAACAAAACAAGUCGAGACAUUUUUCGCACGGAUCCAAAUUCAGCGGGAUCCGCGACAGUGACACAUAUGCAUCCAGUCGCGGUCAGGGUGAGGCUCCGCCUGCUCAGCAGGGACUUCAGCCGAGUCUUUAUGUAGUCCUGCUACCGUCGAUGUAUUUUGUCAGCAGACUCGUUCAGCUGACUCUGGUUAAGAAGAUAUAUGAAUGGUCAAAGACAACGUCGGGUUUAAAGUACAUUCCUAAGUGGAACUGGUUGGCUGUUUUCACAAUGGGUAAUUCAUGCGCGCACAACACUAUGAGUAUCCCGCCAGGAAAAGGACCCCACCAGGUGGGAUGCACAGACCUGAUGGUGGGCCACACAGUCCAUGGUACGUUUUUGAGACUCUACUAUCCGUGUCAAGCGUCUGAGAGUCCUCAGCGGCCAGACUGGGUCCCGUGUAGGGAGUAUUUCAAUGGCCUCGCAGACUUUAUGAAGAUGAACAGAGCGCUCAGUGAAAGGAUUUUUAACUACCUUUUUGGGGCUUGUAAAAUCCCAGCAGCCUGGAAUGCGUCGUUCAAACCAGAUGGGAAAUAUCCUGUUAUUAUUUUCUCCCAUGGACUGGGAGCUUUCAGGACAUUGUAUUCGGCCAUAUGUGUUGAGUUGGCGUCACAGGGCUUUAUUGUUGCGGCCGUGGAGCACAGGGAUGAAUCGUCUUCUGCAACUUUUUACUUCAGAGAGCAUAGUGAGCCAGGAACAAAAAAGCAUCCGUCAUGUGACAUAGCCAAGCCUGUGUCUGAUAACCUGGAGGAGGUUUGGAUGUACUACAGGCCAUUGAAAACGGGCGAGAAUGAGUUUCCUCUAAGAAACAAGCAAGUGAAGCAAAGAGCAGAUGAAUGCAUCAGAGCCUUAGACAUCCUCUUUGACAUCAAUUCAGGAAAGUCUGUGGAAAAUGUCUUGCAAUGUGACUUUGAUUUGUCAACAAUGGAGAAUUCCAUGGACUUGUGUAGAAUAGCGAUUAUGGGACAUUCCUUCGGAGGCGCGACGGUGAUCGAAUGUUUGUGCAAGGACGUCAAAUUCAAGUGUGGUGUGGCACUGGACACCUGGAUGUUUCCUCUGGACGAGGAGAUCUUCCCAGGAGUAAAGCAGCCAAUCUUUUUCAUAAACUCUGAAAAAUUCCAGUGGAUUGGGAAUAUCAUCCGCAUGAAGAAACUGGACUCUGCUAUCUUUUCUAGAAAAAUGAUAACCAUCAAAGGGACGGUCCAUCAGAGCUUCCCAGAUUUCACAUUUCUUACCGGGAACUGGAUUGGAAGGCUCAUGAAGCUAAAAGGAGAGAUUGAUCCACACAUAGCCUUGGAUCUUUCCAACAAAGCAACUUUGGCUUUUCUUCAACGCCACUUAAAUCUGGACAGAAACUUUAAUCAGUGGGAUCCUUUGAUUGAUGGAAAAGAUGACAACUUGAUUCCAGGAACCAAUAUUACUAUACCUCAGUCAUCUAUUUAAUCAAGUAGCAUAAAAUGUGACUUAAUAAUCUUGCAAAUGCACUUGUAACGAAGAGUCAGAACGUUACAUGUUUGAGAAAAGACCAGUCUAUCAUUAUGCGAAAUCUGUUUUUGAAAUUGCAUAAGAGAAAUUUUUUUUUGACUGCCGUGUAUGAGUACGAUUGAAUUUGCACUAUGGAUUAGACGGUGAUCUGAUGUAAAUUACAUUUAGUAUUUUAAAACAAGGCAAAAACUACAGUACAUACAGGAUGAUUUAUGAAAUAUACCACUUGCUAACAACAUAUUUGCAAAACAGACAGUGCAAUAGACUUUACAUUUAUUUUUUAAGACUUCACCGUCCUUUGUCGUGCCUUAAUGUUUUUAGUUCUAGAAAGUGGGUGUUUAUAUCAAUGCAAUGUUUUUAAUAAUGUGACUGUUAUAAUGGGACAUUUAUAAUAAGUGAAAUUCUUCAUAGCUUACUGUCACCCUGAGUUUAACAUCUAGAAAGUAGGACAUAAUCUCAGGUUCUCUGAAUCUGCAACUUUCUGAUUUGUAAAUCAAUAGAAUCAGUUUACACUACAAAUUAAAUAAAUUCUUCAAUUUCCGUAUCUAUGAUUUCCAGUAAAAUGACAAAUGCAAAAAGGUACAGUUUUUAUGUAUAUGGGAUUUUGUUUAUUAAACAGAAUAUCUGAA